UCUGUGGGUAGAAUAGCGCCGCUUCCGGGGAGUUUGAUUGAGAGGGCACAUAUUGAUGUGGGAAAGUGGAUAGGAGGGAAUGGCUGGGCCCGCUACAAGUAACUCGCUGAAGUCAAGCGGACACCGGAGAAAGAUCCGAUGAGACGAAGACGGUGACGUACUGACCAUGCGUCUCCGAGAAGGGCGCACGCACUCCUUCCAGCCUCCCAGUUCAGUUCACUCCUCCUUUGACAGCCAUGUUUACACAUUCAGCAAUGGGACAGCCGAGGGAGACGGCUCUUCAGAAGAAGAAUUCGAUGUUACAGAGUUGCGAGCACGGGGGAGUGAACAGCAGCGGAUAAAUGCAUUGCGUGAAAAGCUUGGUGAUGUCAUUCUUCUGGAACGCGCCAUUACAGAGGAUGAUAACCUCAACAAACUGGCACUACAGUAUGGCUGCAAGGUCGCUGAUAUCAAGAGAGUAAACAAUCUUAUGAGAGACCAGGAUAUCUAUGCUUUAAAGACAAUCAAGAUCCCUGUCAAGGUUCAUGGGCUCCUGACAGAAAGAGCUGAUGAGCUGACUGCUCCCUACUUGAAUCCAAGUGCUCUACCUGAACCCACCGAGGAGGAGUCACGACCCUCCCUAGAAAGCAGAGACUUCACUGUUUAUUUCAAGGAGAUUGAUCAGAACAUCGAAGCUGCACAAACCAACGAUCUGUUCAAUGAGUCUUUUCCCUUGGAAUCUCCCAGCCGUCCACACCCGCGAAUGGUGGGGCAGAAGCAGCCAAAUUCAGGGGCAGACUGGGGGAUCCGAUGGUGGAAUGCAGUUGUUAUUAUGCUUUUGGUGGGGAUUGUUUUGCCAGUAUUUUAUAUAGUUUAUUUUAAAACACAGGGAGAUUCAGAAAGCGCCUUUUCCAUUGAGGGUCGGACAAAUGCCUCCACUUCUCUGAGCCCACACACGGCUACGGGCCGCUCACUGGAACAAAUGACGCAGAGAACAUCUGGUUUCUCACCCAGGAUCCUGCAGGACACACACAAACUGCUCAAUCCAGGAGACUGACAUUUCGUUUACAAGAGCAGCUUCUAAUGUGCAGAAGUCACUUUACAUCCCUUUGGUGCCAUAUGAAUCUGCUUCGCUGGCGGAUUUCAACCAGACUGUCUCAGAUGUUUCAUUUUAUCAGUAAUAUUUCAGGAGCGAUGGGAUGAACCCAUGCACACAGCCUCCCAGGUUGCCUUCUUUCUUCUCUCGACUCCGCACUUCGGAAAGAACCCAAGUUGUUCUUAUGGCUCUACCCCUGAAUCACUCACACACUUAUCCUUCUUUCAUUUAUAUGAACUCACUAACUCUAUUUAAUGUUGGUUCUUUAAGGAAACACUAGAUGGUUGAAAAAGUAUUAUUUCUAUGUUGGAAUGCAGCAGGGAGAAAAGAAAAUUGUAGUGUUGAAAGUAGAGUAGUGGUUUGCAUAUCUUUAACAGAUACUCCGUGAUCCAGCAGAAGAUGCACAAUGGUACAGGCUUGUUCUUUUAUUUGUCCGUUUCACAACCCUCUCCCGCUUCAGUGGUUCAUUCCGUGCUGAUCCACCAUGAUUUGGAAUUAGGGUUGCCAUCUGGCCGGUAAAAAUGAUGGUUGAUCCCAAUGUUAUUAAUAGAGAAAAAAGAUAAAUAUAUAGGAAGGCCGGUAUUUUUUUCCCAGAAAAGGUGGCAACCCUAUUUGGAAUGAAGCGGGUAGUUCCUGCAUUUUUACUUUAUGUCACUGCCAUUGGCGGGGCAACUAUUAUA